UGGUUCUCCCUUUCAAAAUGUACAAGAUUUUCUUAGUGGCUUUUGUGGCUGCUUCUGUCCACGCACAGAAGUACGGACAUGGAGAAAGUCACCACGUAGAUUAUUAUACUGAGCCUCAUUAUUAUUUCGAAUACGAUGUGAAAGAUACCCACACAGGAGAUGUUAAGAGCCACAAAGAACAACGUAAAGGAGACCACACUCAGGGAGUGUACUUCUUGGUCGAGCCCGACGGCACUAAAAGGGUCAUCGAGUACUUCGUCGAAGGAAAGAAGGGAGGAUUCGUCCCAAAGGUGCACAGGGAACACUUGAAGCACCUCGACAAGAAAGGACACGGACACGGUGUCUCUCUCCAGAACUACAACUUCGAACAAGGAAAGGUGCAGGAAGUUACAUACCAGUCGCAUGGACACUCUGAAGGCGGAUAUGGUGGACAAUCAGGCGGAUACGGAGGACACUACGGCGGUUUGUCCGGCGGAUUCGGCGGACACUCUGGAGGAUUCGGAGGUAACUCUGGUGGAUUGUCCGGUGGUUCUCAACACGGAGGACACUUCGGAGGCAGCUCUGGUGGAUUGUCCGGUGGUUCUCAACACGGAGGACACUUCGAAGGCAGCUCUGGUGGCUCUUCUGAAGGCUACAAAUUUGGAUCUUUCGGAGGUAGCUUUGGAGGACACUCAGGUGGAUUCGGCGGACAGGCUGGUGGAUCAUCCGGUGGUCAACACGGAGGACAUUAUGGAGGCAGCUCUGGCGGUUCUUCCGAAGGAUACAAAUUCGGUUCAUUCGGAGGUCAAUCUGGCUACGGUGGAAAUUCCGGUGGAUCUUCUGGCGGAUACGGAGGUCAUUCCGGCGGAUACGGUGGUUCAUCUGGUGGAGCCUCUGAGGGAUACAAGUUUCAAUCUUCUUAUCACGGUGGAUCCCAGGGCGGUAGCUCAGGCGGUUACGGAGGUCAUUCUGGUAGCUUCGGCUUUGGUGGAUUGUCUCAUGGCUCAUCUGGCGGAUACGGUGGUCAAUCCGGUUCUUCCGAAGGAUACAAAUUCGGAUCUUACCAUAGCGGAGGUCAGGGAGGCAACUCGGGCGGUUACGGCGGUCAUUCUGGUGGUUCUUCUGGUGGAUACGGUGGCUCGCACAAAGGAUACGGACACGGAGAAGCCACUUCCAGCGUCACCUUCUCAACUCACGGUGCCAAAGUUCACACUUCCACGAAACACGUCGUUCCUCAGAAACAUGAACAUCACGGCUAUUAGUACUAGAUUUCUACCUUAGCUGAUUGUACUAUCAUGUAAAUAAACCUUUUUUAUACUUUUGUAA